CAUUCCUUAAUUGUGGAGAAAAGAAAGUAAAAGAAAGUGUGUUUGUGGGAAAGAAUUAUUCAUCAUUGUUCAACAGCAACAAAUCCUUUCAUGACCGUCCCAUCCGACCUGUUAGCAACUUCACCAAACAGAGCAAUAACAACGCACAGCCAGCAGAGCCAUAGUAAAGGCGUACGACCGUUAACAAGCGUGCCUUCUCAUAUGCUUCCCCCUACUCCUCAGCCACACCACUCCAAUCAUGCUGUACCGAGGAAUAACUCCCUUCUUUCCUCCUGGCUUACAGCUAGCCAUAAUAACAUUAAUAGCGCCAGCAACAACAUCAACAAUAGUGACAGCAUCAGCAUCAAUGAUAGCAAUAUCAAUCAUGUCAAUACUAGUGAGGAUCAUGGCAACGUCUUUAGUGACACCGUUGACAAUAGCGAUGUGACAGCACAAGAUCAUAUUGCAUUCUCACGUGGCAGAGGUAGAGGUAGAGGUAGGGGGAGAGGUAGAGGCAGAGGUAGAGGCAGAGACACAGGUGAAGACAGUGACAGAGACAAAGACAGAGACAGAGAUGAAGGCAGAGUCGGGGGCAGGGGUAGAGACAGAGGCAGGGGUAGAGGUAGAGGUAGAGGCAGGGGAAGUCAAGGAGAUAGCACUCAUAAUUCUGGAUCUGGUUCUCUAACUUCCUCCUUUGGUCACAGUUAUCGUGAGCCGAUCAGUGUCGACAAUCCUGAGGACAACUAUAUGAAUGUUGAUCAAGAUAAUCAUCAUCAUCAUCAUCAUCAUCAUCAUCAUCAUACAGCCAUUCAAGAUCAAAACCAAUCUUUUGCAGCUUCGCCUACCGUAGAUAUCUCAAUCACAGUGUCAUCCCAAUCAGCGACUCCUGAAAAACGAAAGAGGGGUCGGAAGCCUAAACCCAAACCUGAAUUAUUAGCUGCUAGAGCUGACGAGAACAGCAUUAGCCAUGAUGACAACAGUAUUGAAGGAGUUAUCAACUUUAAGGAAUCAAUGACGCUCAAAGAGAAAAAACUCAAAGAAAAGGAAUCCAAGCAACAAAUCAGGAAAUCAAAAGGUGCAGAGCCUCAUCAUAUGAAUGGAUCCAUCCUUAAUUUCUUUGACCGAUCUGUCAUUGCAAGUUCAUCUCGAUCGUCCACAGCCAUUACUUCUGCUGAGAGAAAUUUUGCUGAGAGUUAUGGAUCAAAUUCAGCUUCUCCAACCAAAGCCACCUAUAAACAAUCUUGUCUAACAUUCGAUGUCCUGGAAUCAUCCAAAGCCGGAACCCUUUCCAGCAUGGCAGCAGCUUCUUUCAAUCAAGAACAGGAAAAAAACCUCAAUAGAGUUCUUGGAGGGUUCAUGAUGAAAGAGUUACCCAAAUUGAUUGGACGUGCGCCCUACGAAGAUUUAAUGAGCGGUAUGAUCGCAAGGAGCUCCAAGUUACCAACUCUCCAAAAGUUGAGUCUAACUCAACGUCUUCAUGGGCCGGGUGCUGAAACAGAAAGCGGACAGGAACUCAAUAUGGACAUGCUGGCGGAUAUUAAGAUGGUUCAUGAGUUCCUGAAUACAUUUGGAACCCCUCUUGGCUUGACAAAAGAUUCAGGUGAAUGGAUUUCAUUUGACUUGUUGUUAGCAAUGAUAAGGAAUCCAAGAAUUGAUAACCGUUUGUUAGAUCUCACCUGCAAAUUGGUGCAAGCGGCUUAUGAAGCAGAUCAAUCGCCUCAAAUCAACCAUUUCAACUUUUGUUAUUUCUUAGCCGUAGGACCUGAAGCGAUGAGUCCACCUUCAGAAGAGGAGCAAAAAAAGGAGGAAUACAAGAAGAAAAUUAGCAAAUAUUUAGCGGCUUCCUUCGCAGCUUCUAGGAACAAAGAGAGGAAGAAGCUCUAUGUCAAUUUACAUCGCCUAGGAACGAUUGAAUAUUCUGUCUUUACAAUCUCAGACCGAGUUGAAGCUUUAGUGAAAGCUCUACAUGACAUCAUGUCGUCGGAUCGGUUUCAUCGAUUUAUGAGGGAUGAAGUUGAAGAGAACAUCACUACUCUGAAACGUCAGAAACGGAAACGAGCCGAAGUCCGAAAAGAGGUCGAAGCAGAGACACAUGAGCUUGAACGGGAGAUGAAGGCAAUUGAGCGAGCAGCUGCAGAUUUAGAGUCUAAACGACAAGCUAUCUUGGCCAGUGAACGCGAGAGUAAUCAGCAGCAACAUUCACAUUCUGAUGACAUUGGAGGAGACGAGGAUAAGGAUCAAAACAGCAGCUCAAUUGAACAGACAAGGAUGACUGCAGCAAUAUCAUCUCGUCGACAACGACUAGCGCAGUCCAAGGAUGCCAAGAGUCGGGCUAACGAAUUACUGAAUCAACAAAAAUCUCUUGCAAACGAAUUGAAAUCCAAAGAAUCGGCAUGGGAAGCCAAUAAGGAGCUGUUGGAAGAAAUCUCAGUGGAUGAUACCGAGGUGCAAAAGGAUCAUAAUGUGCCGUUGACUCAACUUCGUGGUGGGCAUGUUGUCAAUACAGACGAGAGACUGAGAGUCAUUUGCUUAGGGAGUGAUCGUUGGGGACGCAAGUAUUGGUUCUGGAGAGAAUUUGGAGGUGUGAUUGUAGAGGAUCGAGGCCAAGUUGAGCCGCCUAUGAGGAAAGAAAAAACAAAAGAAAAAAACCAAGUUGAUGUAAAGAAGACUGAUCAUGAUACUCCUAAAGAGAUCGUUGCCAAGAUUGAGGAGGAGAAGAAAAAAGAAAAGAGCACGAUCAUGGACUUGGAAGAUGUAACACAGCGGAUGAAAACCAUGGCAGAGCCUGAACUCGCAGGAGACAAGUUCCAAAGGACUAAGGCCCGCAUGUCUAUCAGCAAUCUCCUCUUGUCCGAUAGCAAUGAGAGUUUAGUAGAAGGGGUUUCUCCGGUCUUGAUUUCUCAGUAUGAAAAAGAACAACUCGAUGAAUAUCAACAAAAACAACCACAGCUUCCUAAUUUUACAACUACAACUACAACUACAACUGCUCCUGCUCCUGCUCCUGCUCCUGCUCCUGCUCCUGCCGAAAAAGAUCUGCUAAAUUAUGGACCUAUUCAAACCUGGAGUUUAAUUUCCACCAGCAAAGAGCUGGCUUUCUUGACUCGAGCCCUGAACGCCAAAGGCGUUCGUGAGCGUGUCCUCAAAGCGUCCCUUUUAACGAUGCGUAAGGAGAUUGAGGCCAGUUUCAAUCGAAUCCAACACUGGGCAGGCGACGAACAUAUGGCCACGAGGAACAACAGCAGUCGGUAUAACAAUAACAGCAACAGCAACAGCAACAGCAACCAUAAGGAUGAAGACUUUGUGGUUUCUGUCGUGGGAGAAGAGGUCGGUCGACCUUUGACAGAGGAAGAAUUGAUAUUGUUAAAGAAAAAGAGAGGAAGAAAGAGUAAGCAAGAGCUGGCAGAUAUUGCAGCUACAAAGUUAGAAGUUGCUGCUGCUGCCGCUGCCGCUGCCGCCACUGCAGUUAUCGCAAGGGAUGAUGAUGAAAAUCCGAGUAUGGAGAUUGAUCACCAUGGUUUCGAGCAUGAAGUCCAGCUUAAGCGAGAUAUCGAAAUGGAAGAUGGCAACCACUCGGACCAAGAGCAGGAAGAGGAUAAUGGAAAUGAACAUGAAGGCAAGGAAGCAAAAUUGAACAACAAAAAUAACUCGAACACUCUGACCGCCACACCAACCAUAGGCGGAUUUCUAGCUGCAGUUAGAGAUCCAGAUUCUGGACCAUUGCCUUCUGAGUAUUUUGAGAAUAUGGUCAAGGCUGCGGAAGAAAAAUUGAAGAAUUUUUCAAAGAUGAUCUGUAAUGGUAAUGCGGAUGCGGUCCCAGAUGCAAUUAAGGAAGUGCGGUCUUUGCGUUUGAGUGAAAACAAUGACUCUGAAAAUAGUCAGCUCCCAGCUACGAUUAGAGUCCUUGGACAUUGCUUAUUGACAAUGGAUGAGCCCGAGGAAGAGUCGGAAGGAAAAACGAAGAAAAAUGAUGUCAAGGAUGAUAUGGAUGUGAAUAACACUUCAACAGAAAAAGAUGCAGACAUCACUAUUGUUGAUGACGACAAGCAAGAAAUGGAUGAUGAUGAUGAUGAUGAUGAUGAUGAUGAUGAUGAUGACGAUGAUGACGAUGAGAAGACUGAUGAUGGUAUUGAAUCUGAAGACAAGACGGCCCUGUCAUUUGAACGACUCCCAAUUGCGAUCCCUGUAUCCAUCAAUUCUAAGUUACUAUCAUGGCUAAAAACCUGCAGGAUCGAUAGUAUGUUGAGGGGAGUCAGAACGUUCGGCGCACUCCAUGCGUGGCUGGAUGAAUGCAUGGGUAUGAUCGAGAGUGUGGUCUAUGAGUCCAAUAAUUAUAAUGACCACAAAAAGUUGGUAGAUAGGAAGCGGAAGAAACGUCAGGAAAAGGAGGAUGGAUCUGAUGACGAUGAGCGAGAAGGGGAUGAAGAUGAAGUAGAGGAUGAGGAAGAGGACGAGAAUGAAGAAGAUGAAGGAGGAGAUGCGGGUGAUGAGAAGGGUCAAGAAGAGGAUCACGAAGACGAUGAACAGUAUGGUGGAAACAAGAACCGUAGCCGUCGCCACCAUAAGACGUCCAAGGAGACCCAGCUUAGGAUUACAACAAUUCGAGGUCGUGCCUUGCGAGCUAGAGACAAAAUGUCAGUGAGUUACAGAGACAACUGCAGAGAUACCGACGAUGGUGAUGAUGACGAUGAAGACCAAAAAGAUGGAGAGCACCAAAAAGAGGAUGAAGAUGAUAGCAUUGCACAUCGACUCAGGAAAUCCAAGAGAACAAGAUAUUGACAGCAUUUUUUUACUGUUUAAAUGUCGGGAAAAAAUAAGCAAAUCGGACCAAAUCUGCGAUUGAUCCCAACAUCAUAAUGUCAUGACACGAGGUCACUAUGCGAUUAACCAUUUACCCCUUACCCUUUAUAAAAU